AUGCCAGACACAGAGCCUACCAACAAUACAAGUGAUGGCGGAAAUUCAAAAAAUUUAUUGCCCUACAUGACAAAAAUUGCAUCAAUGCUGAAACAGUUGGGAAUGUUGAAAAAAUCCCUUACAACGGCGCAGCUUAGUGAAUAUGAUGAGGCAGAUUUGUCCGUCCGUCUUGACUAUGUAGAGCAGAUAGGCGCCUCAUUCGAAGAGGCUCAGUCAGCAUUGGAAGAGAUGGUAACGGCCGAAAUGGAAAGUGAAGAAAGGAUGAAAUUUACCGCCUUGUAUUUGGAUGUCAAGGCCAAAUUGACUCGACAGAUGAAUUCCAUCCGUAGAUUGGAAUCAAAUCCCCGGUCUUCGACUGUGCGCCAAUUUUCUGUUGAUGGAGGUCCAUUUUCUGAAAAUUCAUCCUCGACACGCAAAACACGCCUACCAGAGAUCCAGUUGCCAAAGUUUGGUGGAGCUUAUGCUGAUUGGCCGAAUUUCUUUUCACUGUUCUCAACAAUUGUCGACAGCAGCGCAGAACUAAGUGACCUGGAAAAAUUCCAUCAUCUGCGCUCAAGCUUAACAGGUGCCGCCUUGGACACAAUUUCAUCGUUGGAGCUAAACGAAAGAAAUUAUAUAGAAGCGGUAAAAUUGUUGAAGAAUCGUUUUGAUAAUAAAUUGUUAAAUUUUCAGACCCAUAUAAAGGCCAUUUUUUCGCUGAAAGCUGUGGAAGUUUCCCCAGCCAUUGGUUUGCGCCAGCUUAGUGACAAAUUUAAUUCGCACCUGCGAGCCAUGCAGACGAUUGCCAGUAGAGACCAAAUUGCAGAUGGGCUCUUAGUAUAUUUAGCUGCCACUAAAAUGGAUAGAGAUUCCCAAAUUAAGUUGGAGGAGAGUCUGGCUGUGAAUGAAUUGCCGUCGUGGCAGUCCAUGUCAAGUUUUUUAGAGCAAAGAUGUCGUAUGCUGGAGAACUUGGAGAAUUCCGUGGUUUGUGCCGGCUCUAUUCAGCAAAACAACAAAAAGCAAUCAUUUAAAAAUCGCCACGUACAUGUGGCCUCUGGAAGCUCUUCUCCUUUGUGUGCUUUUUGUGAUUCAAUGGACCACUACAUUGUCAAUUGUCCACCUUUCAGCAAUCUCUCCCCAUCUCUUCGUUUCAAAGAGGCAAAGCGUUUGAAAUUGUGCCUCAAUUGUCUUCGGAAGGGCCAUGUGUUAAAAAAGUGCAAUUCGGGCUCUUGCAGGCAAUGCUCUUCAAAACACCACACAAUGUUGCAUAUGGACCAAACGCCGUCAGCCCAGCCAUCUGUUGUAGUGGAACCAUCUAUAUCCCAAUCAGUUCUUGUUUCGUCAGCUGAUUCAUCUGGAAGGUCAGCAACCACGGGUGGAACCGUCCUGUUGGCAACAGCUAUUGUCCUCGCCAAAAACAAGUUUGGGAAUUUUGUGCCGUGUCGAGCAAUUUUGGAUUCUGCAUCCCAGUUGAACAUGAUUGCAAAUCGUUUUGCAAAGACUCUUGGCUUAAAUUGUAAUCGAGUCUCAGCCACAGUUUACGGCAUAGGUGAUGGAAGUAUGCUGGUUGAAAAAUCUGUUGAUUUGGUUGUGAAAUCAUGCCAUAGUGAUUUCACCACUUCGUUCGCUGCCAUGGUGGUACCAAGCAUCACUGACUACAAGCCAAAAAUAAAUCUCGAUGCCUCCAACUGGAAUAUGCCCAAGAACAUUCAAUUAGCAGACCCUGCAUUUAACAAGCCGGAUCAUAUCGACAUGUUAAUUGGUGCCGAAUUGUUUUUCAAUCUGAUGUCAGUGGGGCAAAUAAAAAUUGGUGUCAACCUCCCUGUUUUACAAAAAACAUUAUUCGGCUGGGUCGUAGCAGGUGGUAGUUUUCAGCCAUGUAAAUCCUGGUCACUUGCUGUGUCGUAUUCCGAGCUUGAGGAAGAAGAAGAGAAGCUUUCAACCGUCGUCAAAUCCUUUUGGGAAAUCGAGACCAACUUUGUUUAUGAUGAAUCCAGAUCUGACAAUGAACUCUACUGCGAAAAUCAUUUUCUAACCAACUUCGUUCGUUUGCCUUCUGGGUCAUAUUCUGUUCGGCUGCCGCAAAUCGAAAGCAGGGGUGUCUCAUCACUUGGUGGUUCAUAUCAGCGUGCAUUACAACGUCUAAUGUCUUUGGAAAGAAAGUUUCGUCGGAGUCCAGAAAUAAAGGCUCAAUAUACAACUUUUAUGCGUGAGUAUGCCACAUUAAGCCAUAUGUCGUUAAUCUCGCCACAGGUACCCGAAUCGAAGUACUACUUGCCACACCACUGUGUCCACAAGUUGGACAGCACAUCGACCAAACUUAGAGUGGUUUUUGAUGGAUCGGCAAAAACCGCAACUGGGCUAUCAUUAAACGAUAUUUUGCAUUCCGGCCCUACCAUACAACCAAAGCUGUUCAAUACCUUGGUGAGGUACAGGUUCUUUAAGGUGGCCCUUAGUGGAGACAUUUGUAAAAUGUACAGGUGCGUUCGAGUGUCACACCCUGACGAUUACCUCCAAUGCAUUCUGUGGCGAGAGAACGAGGCGGAUGAUAUCAAAACCUAUAAACUGAACACAGUCACCUAUGGUACAAAACCCGCUGCAUUCCUGGCUAUCCGUGCAAUGCAUCAACUUGCAAUCGAUGAAGAAGAGAACUUUCCACUGGGUUCCAAAGUGGUUCGACGUGACUUCUACGUAGAUGACAUGCUUUCUGGUGGCAAUACCAUAGCAGAGGUCGAAGAGAUAAGGCAUCAAGUAACAGCUUUGCUUAAAAAGGGCGAAUUCUUGAUUCGCAAGUGGUGCUCCAAUGAUCCAGAUGCCCUACGGGAUGUUCCUGCAGAAGACUGUGAAACAUUGUUAAAAUUUCAUGACGGUACAGAUGUCACCAAAACUCUUGGGCUCACUUGGGAUCCCCAGAGUGAUAAUUUCAUUUUCUCUUUUACCCCCAUUGAUGACUGGAAGGUGGUGACAAAGCGGUCCAUUUUAUCUUCGAUUGCCCGCCUUUACGAUCCAUUGGGUUUGAUUGGUCCAGUCAUUACAAAGGCAAAAAUGUUUAUGCAGCAUCUGUGGAAACUCAAUCUUCAAUGGGAUGAAAGCUUGCCUCAAUCACUACAUUCAUUGUGGAUUGAAUAUAUUUCGAAAUUCGAUCUGAUGCACCGUUUCACAUUUCCACGGCAUGUUUCAAUGGCGUCGGCAUCAUUGCAGAUUCAUGGUUUCUGCGAUGCCAGCUUGGCUGCUUACGGCGCAUGUGUCUAUGUGAGGUCCCAAUUCAACAGCGUCAUUAAAUCUGAACUUCUGUGCUCUAAAUCGAGAGUUGCCCCAUUGAAGACGCUCACUGUACCAAAACUCGAACUUUCAGCUGCAUGCCUUCUAGCUGAGCUGAUUGAUACUGUGGUGAAAUCUCUAGAUUUUCACUGUGAAAUCCAUUGUUGGUCCGAUUCGAUGGUGGUGUUGUCCUGGCUUCGAGAGCUGCCAUCCAACUUCAACGUUUUCGUUGCCAAUCGAAUUUCUCGAAUUCAGUCAUAUGGGACUCGAAUUACCUGGCACUACGUUCCAACAAAACUCAAUCCAGCAGACAUCUUGUCGAGAGGUGCGACACCUGGGGAGCUACUCCAUUCAUCACUGUGGAAAGGUGGUCCAAACUUCCUGCUGAAUGAAGCAUCAAACUGGCCUGAUACUGCAAGUUAUGUGGAUGACUUACCUGAGCGUAGAAGACAUGUAUUGUUGACGACCUCUCUUACUGAUUUGUCGAUACAGUGUAAGUAUCGCAAUUCUUUUUUGAAAAUGCAACGAAUUUUUGCGUAUGUUUCUAAAUUUGUAUAUUCCAAAUUGAGUGCCCAUACCGAAGUAUUAACCCCUGACGACAUUAGAGCUGGUACUCGCCUCCUGGUUAAAAACAUUCAGCUUGUACAUUUUUCUGAGGAAUACAAGGCGUUGAAAUCAGAUAAGGAAAUUGCAUCGUCUAGCAAGUUGUAUUCGUUGGCACCUAUUAUUGAUGAGUUUGGGUUAAUUCGAGUUGGUGGGCGUCUCCAAAACUCAACCCUGGACUUUGAUGCUCGUCACCCCAUUAUUCUGCCCAAAAAGCAUCCGUUUACUGCAUCAAUGGUGAUGCAUUUUCAUCACAAGCUACUUCAUGCCGGAGCUCAGUGUUUGCUGGCUGCAAUUCGACAGCAAUUUUGGCCAAUUGGAGGACGAAAGCUGAUAGCUUCCAUUAUUUCGAAGUGUGUCCGAUGUUUUAGAAUGAAGCCGAAAUUGCUCCAAAACGUCAUGGGAAAUUUGCCUUCAGACCGAGUAAGGCCAAAUAGAGCCUUUCAUACAACUGGAAUCGAUUUUUGUGGGCCAUUCUUUUACAAGUCGGAGGUGAAGAGCCGCCCUCCUGUGAAAUGCUAUAUUUGCAUAUUUAUUUGCUUUUCAACAAAGGCAACCCAUCUCGAGGUUGUCCAGGAUUUAUCAACACCUUCAUUUUUGUGCUCGCUUCGACGCUUCGUUGCCACGAGAGGCAAACCCAAAACGAUUUGGUCAGACAAUGCAUCAAAUUUUGUGGGCGCAAAAAAUGAGUUGGAUGAAUUAAAGCAGAUGUUUUCGAGGCAAUCACAUCUAAAUGCCAUUCAUGAUCAAUGUCUUGAUGAUGGCAUUGAUUGGAAAUUUAUUCCACCCAGAUCCCCACAUUUUGGUGGCCUCUGGGAAGCGGCUGUAAAGUCUGCUAAAUUCCAUUUUUAUCGAGCAGUUGGCCUAAACAAACUUACUUUCGACGAGCUACGCACACUAGUCUGCCAAAUUUCUGCAAUCUUAAACUCUCGUCCAUUGUGCCCGCUCUCCGAGGACCCUGAGGACCUAGAUGUAUUGACGCCAGGCCAUUUUUUAGUGGGUGGUCCACUUAUUUCAAUACCCGAGCCGAAUAUGUCAUGGAUAAAUUUCGGUCGUCUCAACAGUUGGCAAAAGGUAUCGGAAUUGCAACAGAUUUUUUGGAGAAAGUGGAGUACGUCCUACCUAACGCUGCUACAAGAGAGAUCCAAAUGGCAGGCUCAAAGUGACAAUAUAUCUGUUGGUGCCAUGGUCGUAAUAAAAGAUGAAAAUUUGCCCCCACUAAAGUGGCAAAUGGGACGAGUGGAGGAAACUAUAAAGGGCGAAGACGGAAUAGUUCGAGUGGUGAAUGUUCGAACAAGUAGCGGAAUCUUUAAGCGAGCCAUAACCAAACUAGCCGUACUGCCGAUAAGUGAAUCAGUUGAAGCCCCAAGACCUUCAACGGGGGGAGGAUGUUAA